GCCAACUUGGAGCCUAGACAUAGAUCGUCAGCACCCAAUUCAACACGGCCUUUCUUACUCCUAUACUCUCAAUCAGCUUCAAAGCGAUAGUAGAGAGCUACUCCUAUCGCGAAUAACAUCAGUAUGGCCGCCCCCGAAGUCCACCACCUCUUCCACCACCCCAUCGCCGAUCACUCCUUCUCGGCCGAUCACUCCGUCCUCGCUGUCGCUCGAGACACUGCUGUCGAGCUCUAUGGCAAGGUUGGCAAUGCCUUUAAGCUAAAAGACGAGCUCAAGGGCCAUGACAAGACGGUCACUAGUGUCGAUAUUGCUCCCAACAGUGGACGUAUCGUUACUUGCUCUCAAGAUCGUAACGCUCUGGUCUGGGAGCCAUCCCCGACCGGUUAUAAGCCUACUUUGGUCCUUCUUCGAAUCAGCCGGGCUGCUACCUUUGUCCGAUGGUCUCCCUCUGAGAACAAGUUCGCCGUGGGAUCCGGCGAUCGCGUCAUUGCCGUCUGCUACUUCGAAGAGGAGAACGACUGGUGGGUGUCUAAGCACCUGAAGAAGCCCAUCCGCAGCACCAUUACCAGCGUUGCUUGGCACCCCAACUCUGUUCUCCUGGCUGCUGGAUCCACUGAUGCUCACGCCAGAGUCUUCUCUGCCUUCAUCAAGGGUAUGGACUCCCGUCCUCCUCCUGGAGUCUGGGGCGAGCGACUCCCUUUCAACACCGUUUGUGGGGAGUUCUUGAACAACUCGGCUGGAUGGGUGCACUCUGUCUCUUUUUCUCCAAGCGGAGACAGUCUUGCAUUCGCGGCGCAUGAUAGUAGCAUCACUGUCGUCUACCCGUCCGGCCCUGAGCAGCCUCCUCGUGCAGUUGUCACCGUCUCCACUCAGCAGCUUCCUUUCAAGAGUCUGAUCUGGACCAGCGAAGAUGAGAUUAUUGCUGCCGGUUACGACUGCGAGGCUUUCCGCUUCCAAGGUGGUGAGGCAGGCUGGCAGCUAGCUGGUGCUAUUGAGCAGAAGGGCCGUCCUGGUCUGGGCGAGCACCGUGAGGAAUCUGCUUUGAACAUGUUCAGACAAAUGGAUCUCAAGGGCAACGCUAAGGAUGACACUCAACUUAAGACUAUCCACCAAAAUACCAUCAGCACCGUCAGGCCUUUCGAAACCUCUGGUGACCGCGUCACCAUGUUCAGCACAAGCGGCGUCGAUGGCAGAGUUGUGGUAUGGAGCACUUAGAUAGCUUGAAUAAACAAUAUAUACUGCUGCUAGAAAGCGGGCAGAUUACAUGGUAACUUGCCAUUGGUCUACAAA